CGAAAUUCUGACUAAAAUUACCUAUAAAUAUAGCGACAAAAAUUUUACGAAAAGCUGCUUGGCCUGAAAUGAGCCGUAAAACCGCUGGAUUGAUAUUUCCGUGUUCAACUGUGACAUUCAAUCGGGUGAACCUCAAGAAAGCUUCUCUCAAUGGAAUUGAACAAUGAACGACACGAGAUUCAUCUCAGUUGCCCAGAUGUGAAAAGACAGGAUGCAAAAUUCUGUGGUGUUUUUUACUCUACUUCUGUUAUUAACUGGUCUCAUAGCAGCAUCCAAAACUAAAUAUGAGGUUUACAUCUUCACUGGUAACAAGUUUGGAGCUGGAACAGAUGCGCGAGUAUUCAUCACCCUGUUUGGUGAAAAGGGACACUCAAAAGAAAUAGAGCUAGAAAGCAAAGGAAGGAACGACUUCGAAAAAGGACAGAAGGAUAAAUUUGUCAUUGAAACUAAGUACUUGGGGAAACUAAAUGCCAUCAACAUAAGACACGACAACAGCUGGUUUGGAUCUGGAUGGUAUUUAGACAAGGUGAAGAUUAAAGCAACAGAUGGCUGUGUAUACGAGUUUGUAAGUCACAAGUGGUUGGCGUCCAAUGUUGGAGAUGGCAAGAUAUCUCGAGAGUUAAAUGGCAAAAGCCGCUGCCCCAGUUUAGAUACUCCAACAAAAGACUGUCAAGAAGCUCUUGGUAUAAGCCGAGGAAUGAUAAAGGAUUCCCAGUUUACAGCUUCUUCAUCUUAUGACGAGCACCAUCAACCUUACCACGCCCGUCUGAACAAAACCGUCAAAGGCUCCCGAGGGGGGUGGUGUUCAGCCUUUGCAGACGAGACGGAAUUUCUUGAAAUAGACUUGGGCAAUAAAACAGGUAUCUCAGGUAUUUCAACACAAGGUCAGUCCAUGUUUGACAACUGGGUGACUAGGUAUGCCAUGUCAUACAGUAUUAACGGCAAGCACUGGUUAAUGGUGACGGAGGGAAGAAAAAGAGACAGUAGUCCCAGAAACUUCACAGGUAACAAGGACCGUGACUCAGUAGUGACUCACUGGUUUCCAAGGCUCAUAGCUCGGUAUGUUCGUGUUCUUCCCUUGACAUGGAGUGGUCUAACCAACUGCAUGAGGAUUGAACUCUUUGGCUGCAGAAAUGUGACUUCGCCAGAUGAGGAGAAGAAGGAGAAGGAAAAAAUCGCGAAGGCAAACAAAGAGAGCGAAUCACAAGGCGAAAAUGACGAUAGUGACACCAUGAAGAUGAAAGGAAAACUAAGCGAGGAGGAUCUUAGCAUUAUGUCCACGAUUGAAAAAGCCGUAGUAUACCUCCGCUUUGAAUACAUCUUAAAGGACAACAUCAUAGUGGACGAAUCUCAGUUUCAUAAUGACGCCAAAAUUGUGAACUUCGCAAAAACGGCUCAGUUCAGUGAAAGAUGUGGCAAUGGCGUUGAUCUGAACGGAGGAGACAUAUUACUAAAUGGACCUUCUUUCAAGCAAAAACCACGUGUAGCCGUAACGAUAGCAGCGUGGAUAAAGCUCUUCUCUGUCGAUGGAACAAACUCUUUGUUUGACACAAUAGGCGGAGUUAACUCAUCACACGAUAAUGGUCAGUAUCAUUUAGAAAUCGACAGCGGCUCAGUGAGGUGGUUUCACAGAAAUGAACGUGGUCAGAUCAUUUUCAACGUUACGUCGGAGGUAAUCGUUCCAUCUCACGUCUGGACGCAUGUUGCUUGCACUUACGAGGCUAAAUUAGGUCAAGCAGACAUCUACGUUAACGCCAAGUUUGUUCUGAGGGGGGAUGGCUCGGGAGAAUUGUCACAAGACUGGCAAGAGAAAGCUGGGAUCGGUGAGCACAAAGGAGAGAGACUCUUCGACGGGCAAAUUGAUGAAUUUUAUAUGUCAAACGAAGCUUUGAGUCAGGAAGAAAUUAAAAAAUUGAUGCAGAGAUGUGAAUUUGAAAAAGAAUGCUUCUCACCAUUAGGAAUGGAAGACAUGAAAAUAAGGGACGGACAAAUAACUGCCUCGUCGACGUAUCAUGUCCAUAAACCGUAUUACGGCCGCUUGAAUCUUGUUUCAUUCUACGACGAUCCUCAGAGGACAGCCUGGUGUGCAGAUGAGGAUGACAAAGAACCGUACCUAACUGUGGAUCUCAGAGAAGAGAAGACGCUAUCGGGUGUGGCUUUACAGGGUGCCUCUCUUGCUGACAAUUACGUCACCAGCUUCAAACUCUGUUACAGUCAGAAUGGGAGGACAUUUCAGUGCGUAACCGAGGAUUUAACAGGCGAGUCAUUGCAGGGAAGUGACGACAAAGAUUCUGUCAAGAUUCAUUGGUUACAAAGAUUUUUCGAUGGACGAUAUAUACGAAUCUACCCUCUGUCGUGGUACGGAGAUCAUAUUUGUAUGAGGGUUGAGUUGUACGGCUGCAUUCCAGGAUUGCUGUCUGAUACAGUUCAAGCUGAUUCUUCUGCGAUAGAAAUUGUAAAUCCGCUCACUUCAUGGUCAAAUUUUGGCGAUUGCAGUGUGAGCUGUGGAAAAGGCACGAAGAAAAGGGUCGUAAAAUGCCAACCAAAGGGCAACGAACGAAAUCAAAACUGUCCACCUGGAACAGAGUCUUACACUGAGAAAGUGCCAUGUACCAGACCAAGCUGCCCAGAAUGUUUUUCACCAAUGGGAAUGUCAAAUGGUACCAUCUUGGACCACGAGAUCUCUGGUUCAUCCACAAUAGACAAGGCACACCCUGCCUUCUACGCACGCGUGAUAACUGCUCGCAACGAACGUGUGUCCACAAGGGGGAGCUGGUGCGCAAAACUGGCAGAUAAGGAACAAUAUCUAGAGAUUGAUCUCAAAAAGCCAAGAAAAGUCACAGGUAUUGGAACACAAGGACAGGUUAGUGAUGAGCGCUGGGUUGUUAGGUAUCGAAUCACUUACAGUGCAAACGGGUUGAAGUGGACAAACUACACAGAGGAUAACAGACAAAAGAUUUUUGUUGGUAACGAUGACAGCAAAACCAUAGCAGUGCGUCACUUAAGACAUCCAAUUACAGCUCGUUACGUCAGAAUACAUCCACAGGCUUGGUAUGGUGUGCAUAUUUGCAUGCGGGCAGAGCUUUAUGGCUGUGAUCACUUGGGUCAAAGCUUCAAGCCAGUAGAAGUGACCGAUAACAGCGAAUCGUCCUUCAAAGUCGCAGACGAGACUGGUGCCUCCAAAGCUAAUUCAAAGCUUCACGCGAAAGCGGAAGCGUCACCUAAGGGUAAAUCUGCCGCCGUGGGAACGGGAGCAGUAACAGAGGAACACGCUGGCGGGAAAGCAACAAUGUUUCCCAGUUUAGUAAUAAGCAAGUCAGGGGGAAAAGCAGCCCAAUUCAAUAAAUACGCUCCACGUCCUUACCAUGUUCAAACAAAAAUCUCCAAUGCAGAAAAUCAAAACAGUUAUCACCUUGUCACAGGAUUACCCACAAGGCCUCACGCUCAUCCAGAGCUUCCACUUCCUGUCAGCAAUACUUCCAAACAGACAAGCAUCUUGAACAAGCAACAGGUCAACGAUCUUCAAAGCAGCAAAACGAGCACCAUUCACAAUCAUGGACAGUUUGAGUGGGGAGCAUUUAGCAAAUGCAGCGUGACCUGUGGAUCAGGUAUCCGAAAACGGUACCGGAGGUGCAAUGUUGAGCAAUGCACGGCUCCAGGAAUGGAGACUCAGAUUAUCCCUUGCGUAAGCGCCACUUGUUCGGCUGACGCUUUGAGUUGGUCCCCUUACACGGAAUGUUCUGUGACGUGUGGUGUUGGCAAAAGAACUCGGUCCCGAAUGUGUGAUGGAGUGGCCUGUCCCAGAUCAGGUCAAGAAUUUGAAACCAUCUCGUGUUUUCGUCCAGGGUGUCCAGUGUUACACUUAGGUUUCGAGAAGUGGGAAAAUCAAGUGGUUCUAGACGAGUCCGAAAAGGGUAAUAACGCCUUUUUGGACAAGGGGGCGUUCAUCGCUCCACACAGAGGAGUUUGCGGACACUAUGCAAGCCUUGGAAAGUCCGGUGACAUACUGCUGGAAGAUAAAACCUUCAGAGGCAAACCGAGUGCUGGUAUAACAGUUGCAUCUUGGGUAAACUUAGUGGGAACUACUCUUGGAUUUCAUUCUGUCUUCAGCACAGCUCGGGUGAUGAACAUUGGGCAAAUUAUGGGAGGAUAUCAUUUUGAAAUUGAUGACGGUAAGGUUCGCUGGUUUCAUCGAAACCGCUUUCAGAAUCCAGUAUUCAGUGUUAUCACUGAUAAUAUUGUCAAGCCUGAUGUUUGGACACAUUUGAUUGGCUCCUACAACAGCACCUCAGGAGAAGCCAAGGUGUAUGUGAACGGCGCUUUGAGCGGUACCUCACGAGGUUAUGGGGCUCUUGACGACUUCUGGGGUUACAAAGCAUGCGUGGGAAGCUUUGACUUGGGAGGGAGAUAUCUUCGGGGCUUUGUGGAUGAUUUUUACAUAUUCAAUUAUGCAAUCGAACCUGAUCAGAUAAAGGACCUUUUGCGAAUCAAGUGCCCUGAAAGAGAAAUAAGCUGACCAAACGUCGUUCAGUUCAUACAGGCGAAGAAAGAUGGUCAAGUGCGAGGCAAAUAGGACAGGAGCUAGUGAGGAGAUCUGGCCACUCGUUAAUAACUUUUUAAGCAUUGGAAACGGCUCCCUCAAGUCAUAUCCGCGAGACAAAAGAAACUAGCAAGAUUUCCAAAAAAAUACUCUGACAGUGAUGAACGGAAGUUCAGUAGAACAUUUUUAUAAAACAAAUAAGUUCUAUAGCUAUAGAGUAACCAGUGAAAAGGGGUUUGAAGAAAAGAAUUGCUUCUCAAUGAAUACCUCGCUAAAAGUCGUGUUUUUAUUUCUUAGUCAGUCACCUCUAGCUUAGCAGAGAAAUCGAACGAACGAACGAAUGAAUCGACGUAGUGGGUUUAUGCCAGACUUUCAUGACACGCCCUUUAGAUCAACGUACUAUGAUAAAUUCCCUCUUGGUAGCUGACGUUUGUGAUCAAUAGCCCAUUUCCGAAUUACCCUUGGCCUCAUUUUCAA